AUGGCGGACCAAAAUAUCUCGCAGUACAAAUACUCGGCGAUGUCCAACCUGGUUCUCCAGGCGGACCGCCGUUUCACCUCCCGCAACAACGAUGAAGCCACCGGAGACCCGGAGUCCCUCGCCGGUCGUAUUGGCAUCCGAGAGAUGGGUUCCGGGGUAGCGCGUGAUGAUGCGCCCAAAUCAAAAAAGAAAGCAGCUGGCCCGACAGAUAUUGAGCGAGGUGCGAUCCGGGAGGGUGAGGAUGUUCUCGCCCGUGAGCAAAGAAAACGUCAGAAGGGACAACCUGCACAGCUACGGGGGCAAGGUAUCCUUUCCGCCGCUGAUGCUCUUGUCGAGGGAUUGAGAUAUCGACCUCGCACUCCCGCCACCCGGGCUACCUACGACCUCAUCCUCACAAUGACCGCAAGCCACCUUGGCGAUGUUCCUCACGAAGUUGUUCGAAGUGCCGCCGAUGCUGUUCUAGAAUAUCUUAAGGACGAAGAUCUGAAAGACUUCGACAAGAAGAAAGAGAUCGACGACUUGCUUGGUAGCUCGAUGAACCCCAAGGAGUUCAAUGAGCUCGUGAAUUUGGGCAAGAAGAUUACAGACUACGACGCCCAAGAUGAAGAUGAGGAUAUGGAUGGCGGCUUGGAAGGCGAAGCAGGUGCAGAACUCGACGAACGCCAGGGUGUUGCGGUUGUUUUCGACGAAGAAGACGAGGACGAUGAGCGCAUGGGCACCGUCGAUGAGGUGCGCGACGAUGACGAGCUAUCCGACGAAGAUGAGGCCGACCAAGCAGAAAAGCCCGAUGGCGAGGAGGCUGAACGAACUGGUCUCGAAGAUCUUGCCGAUUCCGAGGAAAUGGUUAUUGAUGGUGGCCUAGACCGUGAUGACAAGAAAGGCGACAAGGGAAUGGAAAUCUCUGCUCGGGAAAUCGAUGCAUACUGGCUUCAACGUCAAAUCGGCACAGCAUUUUCAGACGCUCAUACCCAACACGAGAAGGCCAAAGAUGCUCUUGAAAUCCUUGGCGGCAAGACAGAAGACGGCGAAGAACGACCACUACGAGACGUGGAGAACGAUUUGAUGGAACUUUUCGAUUACGAUCAUCCUGACCUCGUCGCCAAACUGGUUACCAACCGUAGCAAGAUCUUCUGGGUGACUCGUUGGAGACGGGUAGCCGAAGACGCAGAUGCUCGCCACCUCAUCGAAAGCGAGAUGGUAGAAGCUGGCUACCGAUCGAUAUUGGACGACAUCAGUGGCAAGGCAGCCCGCGAUGAAGGGGCUGGUCGACCCGAGAAGAAGAUCAAGCUUGACUUGAUGGAUGUCGAUGUCCCAAGUGGACCCGUACCCGAGGAGCAGCAGAAGCCCGCGGAUGGUGGUCUUGUAGGAGGGUUGCAACCCAAGCGACAGAUCAACCUGGAGAACCUCGUCUUCCACCAAGGCAACCAUUUGAUGACCAACCCUAACGUCAAGUUACCACAAGGAUCCACAAAACGGACGUUCAAGGGAUACGAGGAAAUCCAUGUGCCGCCGCCCAAAGCAAAGAGAGAACCCGGCGAACAGAACCUCCCCACCACCGAAUUGCCUGAGUGGGCUCGUGUUGGUUUUGGCAGCGCGAAGGAGCUCAACCGUAUCCAGACUAAAUGCUAUCCUUCAGCCUUCCAUGAUGAUGGAAACUUGCUGGUCUGUGCUCCUACUGGAUCUGGAAAGACUAACGUUGCGAUGCUGAGCAUUCUCCGUGAAAUCGGCAAGAACCGUAACCCUCAGACCGGGGAAAUCAUGCUGGACGAUUUCAAGAUCGUGUGCAUUUCCCCUUUGAAGGCCCUGGUCCAGGAACAAGUUGGCAAUCUCGGCAAGCGUCUCGAGCCUUACGGUAUCCGAGUAUCUGAACUGACCGGUGAUCGUCAACUUACGAAGCAACAAAUUGCCGACACUCAGAUCAUUGUCACGACACCCGAGAAAUACGACGUCAUCACGAGAAAAGCGUCUGAAACCAGCUACACAAAGCUUGUCCGUCUCAUUAUCAUCGACGAAAUUCACCUUCUCCACGAUGACCGUGGCCCUGUUCUCGAAAGCAUUGUCAGUCGGACUAUUCGGCGGGCAGAGCAGAGUGGCGACCCGGUCAGAAUCGUUGGUCUCAGUGCCACACUUCCCAACUACCGUGAUGUGGGAAGUUUCUUGCGGGUUGAUCCUGCCAAGGGCAUGUUCCACUUCGAUGGAUCUUACAGACCGUGCCCGCUCAAGCAGGAGUUCAUCGGUGUCACAGACAAGAAGGCCAUCAAGCAGUUGAAGACAAUGAACGAUAUCUGCUACAACAAGGUUCUUGAACAGGUUGGCCAGCGCAGAAACCAAAUGCUUAUUUUCGUCCAUUCCCGAAAAGAAACCGCCAAAACUGCUAAAUACAUUAGGGACAAGGCUGUUGAGAUGGAGACUAUUGGCCAAAUCCUGCGCAGUGAUGCUGCAAGCAAAGCUAUCCUGGCUGAAGAAGCAGACUCUGUCGACGAUGCGUCUCUCAAGGACCUGUUGCCGUACGGAUUCGGUAUUCACCACGCAGGAAUGAGUCUUGCGGACCGUGACUCCGUUCAGGCCCUUUUCAGCGAUGGCAGUAUCCAAGUGCUUGUCUGUACCGCCACUCUCGCCUGGGGUAUUAACCUUCCCGCGCACACCGUCAUCAUUAAGGGCACACAGAUCUACUCUCCAGAGAAGGGUAGCUGGGUUGAACUUAGCCCUCAAGACGUCCUCCAAAUGCUGGGACGUGCUGGUCGACCUCAAUAUGAUACCUUUGGUGAAGGUAUCAUUAUCACCUCGCAAACUGAAAUCCAGUACUACCUUUCUUUGAUGAACCAGCAGCUGCCCAUUGAGAGUCAACUUAUGAGUAGACUGGCUGAUAACCUGAAUGCUGAGAUUGUCCUUGGAAGCGUCCGGAAUCGUGAUGAAGGUGUUGAAUGGCUAGGUUACACUUACUUGUUCGUCCGUAUGCUACGCUCGCCAGGUCUCUACAGCGUCGGUGCAGACUAUGAAGAAGAUGAUGCGCUGGAGCAAAAGCGUGUUGAUCUCAUUCACUCCGCCGCAGCGAUCCUGGAGAAAGCGGGUCUUGUCAAAUACGAGAGAAAGACUGGCCGCCUGCAAUCGACCGAGCUUGGACGAAUUGCCUCGCACUAUUACAUUGGUCACAGCUCCAUGUUGACCUACUCUCAACACCUCCAGCCAUCGAUUACCACCAUCGAACUCUUCCGGAUUUUUGCGCUCAGUGACGAGUUUAAAUACAUUCCCGUUCGCCAGGAUGAGAAACUCGAGUUGGCCAAACUCCUUGGCCGUGUCCCUGUUCCAGUGAAAGAAAGCAUUGAGGAGCCGCACUCCAAGGUUAACGUCUUGCUGCAAGCAUAUAUCUCAAGACUUAAGCUCGAGGGAUUGGCCUUGAUGGCAGAUAUGGUUUAUGUUACCCAGUCAGCUGGCCGUAUCAUCCGUGCGAUCUUCGAGAUCUGCCUGAAGAAGGGCUGGUCGUCUGUAGCCAAGACUGCUCUGGAUCUGUGUAAGAUGGCCGAGAGGAGAAUGUGGCCAACAAUGUCGCCACUUCGCCAAUUCCCAUUCUGUCCCCGCGACAUUCUGCAGAAGGCGGAGCGUAUCGAUGUGCCUUGGGCCAGCUACUUUGACCUUGACCCUCCACGCAUGGGUGAGCUUCUGGGCAUGCCCAAGGCUGGACGAACUGUUUGCGACCUUGUCUCCAAGUUCCCCCGCUUGGAAGUACAAGCCCAGGUUCAGCCCAUCACUCGUUCAAUGCUCCGUGUCGAGUUGACAAUCACUCCAAACUUCGUUUGGGAUGAAGCUGUGCAUGGAAAUGCACAGGAUUUCUGGAUCUUGGUAGAGGAUUGCGAUGGAGAAGAGAUCUUGUUCCACGACCAAUUUGUGCUUCGUAGGGAGUACGCUGAGGCCGAAAUGAAUGAACAUCUUGUGGAAUUCACAGUCCCCAUUUCCGAACCAAUGCCUCCAAACUACUUUAUUUCUCUGGUGUCUGACCGUUGGAUGCAUUCCAACACCAAGAUUGCAGUUUCUUUCCAGAAACUGAUUCUUCCUGAGCGCUUCCCGCCCCACACUCCUCUCCUCGAUAUGCAGCGAGCUCCAGUGAAGGCGCUGAAGCGUGAUGAAUACCAACAGCUGUACCCCGAGUGGCAGGUGUUCAACAAGAUCCAGACACAGACUUUCAAGUCGCUCUUUGACACGGAUGAUAACGUCUUCAUUGGUGCCCCUACUGGUAGUGGCAAGACAAUCUGCGCUGAACUCGCAUUGCUUCGUCACUGGUCGAAGGAGGACAGUGGACGAGCUGUUUACAUCGCGCCAUUCCAAGAACUGGUUGAUCAACGACAGGCGGAUUGGGAAAAGAGACUGGGUAAACUGGGAGGUGGCAAGACCAUUGUCAAGCUCACUGGCGAGGCAACUGCUGAUCUGAAGCUGUUGGAGCGAGCGGAUCUUGUUGUUGCUACUCCCUCGCAGUGGGAUGUCUUGUCCCGCCAGUGGAAGAGGCGUAAGAAUGUCCAGACCAUUCAGCUGUUCAUUGCGGACGAACUUCACAUGCUCGGAGGUUACAAUGGGUAUGUUUAUGAGGUUGUUGUGUCCCGCAUGCACUACAUCGCCCUCCAAAUGGAGAAUGACAUGCGCAUUGUUGGCUUGAGUGUACCUCUUUCCAAUGCUCGUGACAUUGGCGAGUGGAUUGGCGCCAACAAGCACACCAUCUACAACUUCAGUCCCCACGCCCGGCCUGUCCCUCUGGAACUCCACAUUCAGUCCUUCACCAUUCCUCAUUUCCCCUCGCUGAUGCUGGCAAUGGCCAAGCCAGCCUACCACUCGAUUUUGCAGUUGGCACCCAACAAGCCCGCUCUUGUGUUCGUCCCCAACCGCAAACAGACUCGCUCCACUGCCAUGGAUCUGCUGGCUGCUUGCGCCACAGAUGAUGAUGAGGAUCGGUUCCUGAAUGCCGAUGUCAAUGAGCUGGCACCCCUUCUCAGCCGUGUCCAGGAACUCACUCUGGCCGAGUCGCUUUCCCACGGUAUCGGAUACUACCACGAGGCUUUGAGCGCCACUGAUAAGCGUAUCGUUUCGCAUCUGUUCUCUAUCGGUGCGAUUCAGGUACUGCUCGCCUCGAGAGAUGUCUGCUGGGAGCUCAACCUGACCGCCCACCUGGUCAUCGUCAUGGGCACACAAUUCUUCGAGGGUCGGGAACACCGCUAUAUCGAUUACCCGAUCAGUGAGAUUUUGCAAAUGUUUGGCAAGGCCUCUCGCCCUGGGGAAGACAAGAUUGGUCGCGGUGUGCUGAUGGUGCCCGCUGUGAAGCGUGAAUACUACAAGAAAUUCCUCAACGAGGCCCUUCCUGUGGAGAGUCACCUGCAGGUUUACCUGCACGAUGCGUUCGUCACAGACAUCAGCACGAGAAUGAUCGCGUCUACACAGGAUGCCGUCGAUUUGAUGACAUACUCUUACUUCUACCGUCGUCUCCUGGCUAACCCCAGUUUCUACGGUCUCGGUGAUCUAAGCCACGAAGGCCUAAGCACCUUCUUGUCUGAGUUGGUCGAGAAUACCUUGAAGGAAUUGACUGAGGCCAAGAUUAUCGACCUCGACGAAGAGGAUGACAGCAUUUCCCCUCUCAAUGCUGCCAUGAUUGGUGCCUACUACAACAUCUCCUUCAUCACCAUGCAGACCUUCCUUCUUUCUUUGUCAGCUCGCACAAAGCUCAAGGGCAUUCUGGAAAUCGUCACGUCGGCCACCGAGUUCGAAUCUAUCCAGAUGCGUCGCCAUGAAAACCACAUUCUUCGUCGGGUGUACGACCGUGUGCCAGUGAAGAUGUCGCAGGUUUCCUACGACUCGCCGCACUUCAAGGCCUUUGUUCUCCUCCAAGCCCACUUCUCGCGUAUGCAGCUGCCCAUUGAUCUUGCCAAGGAUCAGGAGAUCAUUGUCAGCAAGGUUCUCAACCUUCUCAGCGCAUGUGUGGACGUUCUCUCGUCGGAAGGACACAUCAAUGCGAUGAACGCGAUGGAGAUGUCUCAAAUGGUGGUUCAAGCUAUGUGGGAUCGGGACAGUCCUCUCAAGCAGAUCCCCCACUUCAGCCCCGAGGUCGUUAACGUGGCCAACGAAUACAACAUUAACGACAUCUUCGAGUUUAUGGAAGCCAUGGACCCGUCCGAGAACAAGGACUACGCUAAUUUGGUUAAGCGACUUGGUCUCGACAACAAGCAGCUGGCGCAAGCUGCGGCCUUCACAAACGAGAAGUAUCCCAACCUUGAACUCGACUUCCAGGUGGAGGACCCGGAGAACAUCACCUCCGGCGAGCCAGCAUACCUCAAGGUCAAGAUCGAGCGGGAAGUCGAAGAGGAUGAAGAGCCUGACGCAACUGUUCACGCGCCCUUCUACCCCAACAAGAAGAUGGAGAACUGGUGGUUGGUUGUGGGAGACGAAAAGACCAAGAGCCUUCUUGCCAUCAAGCGUAUUACGAUCGGUCGCAAAUUGGAGUUGCGUCUGGAAUACGUUGUGCCCACACCGGGAGAUCAUGAGUUGACAUUGUACCUGAUGAGUGACAGCUACGUUGGUGUGGAUCAAGCACCUACAUUUAACAUUACUGCGGCAGAAGGAAUGGAGGAAGAUGAGAGUGAAGAAGAAGAGGAAGAGUGA